CCCGAGGGCCCCGCACCCUCGCUUUGCCACCGAGAGGCCGGGCUGGACGGAAAAGGGCGAGUACGACCUGGUCUCUGCCUACGAGGUUGACCACCGGGGAGAUUACGUGUCCCGUGAAAUCAUGCAUCACCAGCGACGGAGGAGAGCAGUGGCCCAGUUAGGAGUUGACUCUCUUCACCUUCGGCUGAAAGGCUCCAGGCACGAUUUCCACAUGGAUUUGAAAACUUCCAGCAGCCUUGUGGCUCCUGGAUUUAUUGUGCAGACCCUGGGAAAGACAGGCACUAAGUCCGUGCAGACCUUACCGCCAGAGGACUUCUGUUUCUACCAAGGCUCUGUGCGAUCCCACAGAAAUUCCUCGGUGGCCCUCUCGACCUGCCAAGGUUUGUCAGGCAUGAUAAGAACGGAAGAAGCAGAUUACUUCUUAAAGCCACUUCCUUCACACCUCGCAGGGAAACUCAACAGCUCUGCCCAGGGCAGCUGUCCCUCCCACAUCCUAUACAAGCGGUCCACAGAAGCCCAGACGCCCAGGGCCGCUGAGAUUGUGGUGACUGCCAGGACGCGGGAGCCAGCAAGCCAGCACCUGCAUGGUGGCGGCCUUCACCUUGGGCUCCCACAAAAGCAGCAUUUCUGUGGAAGACGCAAGAAAUACAUGCCCCAGCCUCCCAGAGAAGACCUUUUCAUCUUGCCUGAUGAGUACAAGUCUUGCUUGCGGAAUAAGCGCUCUCUUCUGAAGUCCCACAGAAAUGAAGAACUAAACGUGGAGACAUUGGUGGUGGUCGACAAAAUGAUGAUGCGAAACCAUGGCCAUGAAAACAUCACCACCUACGUGCUGACAAUACUCAAUAUGGUGUCAGCUUUAUUCAAAGAUGGAACGAUAGGAGGAAACAUCAACAUUGCAAUUGUAGGUCUGAUUCUUCUAGAAGACGAGCAGCCAGGGCUGGUAAUAAGUCACCAUGCGGACCACACCUUGAGUAGUUUCUGCCAGUGGCAGUCUGGAUUGCGGGGGAAAGACGGGACCCGCCAUGACCACGCCAUCUUACUGACGGGUCUGGAUAUAUGCUCCUGGAAGAAUGAGCCCUGCGAUACUUUGGGAUUUGCACCCAUAAGUGGAAUGUGUAGUAAAUACCGCAGUUGCACAAUCAAUGAAGAUACAGGCCUUGGACUGGCCUUCACCAUUGCCCAUGAGUCUGGACACAACUUUGGCAUGGUCCAUGAUGGGGAAGGGAAUGUGUGUAAAAAGUCUGAAGGCAACAUAAUGUCCCCAACGUUGGCCGGACGCAACGGAGUCUUCUCCUGGUCACCCUGCAGCCGCCAGUAUCUGCACAAAUUUUUAAGCACUGCUCAAGCUGUCUGCCUCGCUGACCAGCCAAAGCCUGUGAAGGAAUACAAGUAUCCUGAGAAGCUGCCUGGAGAGCUGUACGAUGCAAACACGCAGUGCAAGUGGCAAUUCGGAGAGAAAGCCAAGCUCUGCAUGCUGGACUUUAAAAAGGACAUCUGUAAAGCCCUGUGGUGCCAUCGGACUGGAAGGAAAUGUGAAACUAAAUUUAUGCCGGCAGCAGAAGGCACUAUUUGUGGGCACGACAUGUGGUGCCGUGGAGGGCAGUGCGUGAAGUAUGGCGACGAAGGCCCCAAGCCCACCCAUGGCCACUGGUCAGACUGGUCUCCUUGGUCUCCGUGCUCCAGGACCUGCGGGAGAGGGGUAUCCCAUAGGGACCGCCUCUGCUCCAACCCCAGACCGUCGCAGGGAGGGAAGUUUUGCGUGGGCUCACCUCGCACCCUAAAGCUUUGCAACAGUCAGAAAUGUCCCCAGGACAGUGUUGACUUCCGUGCGGCCCAGUGUGCUGAGUACGACAGCAAGCGGUUCCGAGGGCGGCACUACACGUGGAAGCCUUACACUCGUGUGGAAGAUCAGGACUUAUGCAAACUCUACUGUAUCGCAGAAGGAUUUGAUUUCUUCUUUUCUUUGUCAAAUAAAGUCAAAGAUGGGACUCCAUGCUCGGAGGAUAGCCGUAAUGUUUGUGUAGAUGGGAUAUGUGAGAGAGUUGGAUGUGACAAUGUCCUUGGGUCUGAUGCUGUUGAAGACGCCUGUGGGGUCUGCAGGGGGAAUAACUCAGACUGCACGACUCACAGGGGGCUCUACACCAAGCUCCACCACACCAACCAGUAUUAUCACAUGGUCACCAUCCCUCCUGGAGCCCGGAGCAUUCGCAUCUAUGAAAUGAACGUCUCUACCUCCUACAUUUCUGUGCGAAAUGCCCUCAAAAGAUACUACCUGAAUGGACACUGGACUGUGGACUGGCCUGGCCAAUACAAGUUUUCGGGCACUGCCUUUGACUACAGACGGUCCUAUAAUGAACCUGAGAACUUACUCUCUCCUGGACCAACCAACGAGACAUUGAUCGUGGAGCUUCUGUUUCAGGGAAGGAACCCAGGCGUUGCCUGGGAAUACUCAGUACCUCGGGUGGAGGCUGAGAAGAAGCCCACCGCCCUGCCCAGCUAUACUUGGGCCGUCCGGCGCUCUGCAUGCUCCGUCUCCUGCGGAGGGGGGCAGAUGACCACAAGAGAGGGCUGCUACAGAGACCUGAAGUUUCAAGUAAACACAUCUUUCUGCAAUCCCAAGACCCGACCUGUCACGGGGCUGGUGUCUUGCAAAGUAGCUCCCUGUCCUCCCAGCUGGUCGGUGGGGAACUGGAGCGCCUGCAGCCGGCCGUGCGGCGGGGGUGCCCAGAGCCGGCCCGUGCGCUGCACGCGGCGCGCGCGCCACCACGCGGAGCCGCUCCCGGCCGGCCUGUGCCCGCAGCCCGCGCCCCCCAGCCGCCAGGCCUGCAACCCCCAGCGCUGCCCGCCCGCCUGGAGCGCCGGGCCCUGGGGGGAGUGCUCACGAACCUGUGGGAAGGGCUGGAGGAAGCGCGUGGUGGUCUGUAAGAGCACCGACCCUGCCGCCAGAGCGCAGCUGCUGCCCAACGCCGUCUGCACCUCGGAGCCCAAGCCCAGGACGCACGAGGCCUGCCUGCUGCAGCGCUGCAACAAGCACAAGAAGCUGCAGUGGCUCGUGUCCGCCUGGUCCCAGUGCUCUGUGACAUGUGAAAGGGGAACACAGAAAAGAUUCUUAAGAUGUGCCGAAAAGUAUGUUUCUGGGAAGUAUCGAGAGCUGGCCUCAAAGAAGUGUUUGCAUUUGCCAAAGCCCAACCUGGAGCUGGAACAGCCCUGCACCCUCUUCCCGUGCCCCAAGCAUCCCCUGUAUGCUGCUGCAGGUCCCCCAAGGGGCAGCUGGUUUGCCUCACCCUGGUCUCAGUGCACAGCCAGCUGUGGGGGUGGCGUCCAGACCAGGUCCGUGCAGUGCCUGGCCGGGGGCCGGCCAGCGUCAGGCUGCUUCCUGCACCAGAAGCCUGAGGCCUCCCUGGCCUGCAACACCCACUUCUGCCCCAUUGCGGAGAAGAAAGACGCCUUCUGCAAGGACUACUUCCACUGGUGCUCCCUGGUGCCCCAGCACGGGGUGUGCACCCACAAGUUCUACGGCCAGCAGUGCUGCAGGGCUUGCUCCAAGUCCAACCUGUGAGUCGGGACUCUUCCCACAGCAGGGAAAGUGCCUGCGCGGCUGAGGAGUUUCCCACGCUGAGCUGUGCAGUCCACAGUGGAAGGCAUCCGAGGGAGACCCAAGUUGGAAGGAAAAGACUGUCGGGCUCUUUGACCAAGAGCGCGCGUGUGCGCGUGUCUCCCUGUGAACGUGAGUGCACACCUGUGUCUGCGCGUGUGCAGACUCUGCUGCUGGGCUGAACCAGGAGCCCUGCCGGCAGGGCCGCUUCGUGGCAGGCAGAGGCAGGCCCCGCCGGACAGCGACGCUCACCCUCGCUUGCAGGCAGCCAGAUCCAGUCCGAAAGACACGGGAGUGAACUUGCCAAACACGAAACACCUGGUGCUUUGUACUAAGAAGGAAAGGCCAUGAAAUAAGGAAAACGUACAGAACAUCUGCCGCUAAGUGCGCCAGCCUCCACUCCCGCCUGGGAGGCCACUGGCCAUUGGAAACGCCCAGCCUUCUGAGAGGAGGGCAGGAGCAGGGCGCCAGCUGCCCGAGGCUCUUCCUCCUCCCCAGCGGCACAGUUGCUCGUCACGGGACCUGGAGCUGCCGUGAGAACCGGCGUCAUCUCUAGGGGCGCCUGCCCGGGACUGCAUAUGGAAACAGGAAGAAUGAAUUCCCUGCUACGGUGCUCCUGUCCCUUUCAGACCCAUGAGAUGGAGGGGAGACUUUCGAUACCUUAUGUUUUAUCUUUCUCAAUUAUUUGCAAGCAACUGUUCCUAUUGAAAUCCAUUUCUUAAUGCUUUUCUUUUCAAAGCGACAGAUCAGAUGUACAGUUGACAUCCAAUCCCACGUUCCUAAGAAGAGCUGUGGCCCUGCUAUGACAGAGAGCAGCCAUGCAGCCGGCAUGGUGAUAGCCUCAGAGCCCCGAGUUUCAUUUUUGUGUGUCGUAAGGUUUGUGAAAUCUUUUCCGUGCAUUUGGUCAUUUCUGUGAUGCCGCUGAGAAGGAAGGCCAGGGCCGCUCAAAGGGGCGGCUGCCGGGGCCUCCAGCACCCCCGCCGUCAGGGUGCUGCUGUGCACGGCAUGGCUCCGACCUGGUAAGCACCUGGAUAUUUAUAUUUGCUGAAGUUUUAUAAUAAAUUUUAUAUUGUAUGGUGUGCU